AUCAGUCUAUCACAAUUUUGUCAUAUCAGUAGCUUAGUGAUUGCAUUGGGGUUGGUUACUUAGGUAAAUAUUUCAAUACUUUCUCCUGUUGGAUCUCUCUUUUUAACCCCCCUCUCCUUGUGUGGAUGUUUUAGAUAUAACUCAGACUCUCAUUGACUUGAUCUUUGGUAACACUUAUCUCUGACUGUUGUUCUCUUAUAUCCUGAAACAUUUUAGCUUUCUUAUAACUCUUAUAAUGGAAUUCUUUUUCAUCCUGAAAAGAGAAAUGAUCCACUACAGCUGUUACUACUUGCUUUUAACUAUUUGUAGUUUUUCUCUUUCCACCAGAAAAGUUAGAACUAUGGAAAAUUCUGUAUUCAUGGAGUAUGAUCAGUAUACACGCACUUUACAUUACUAAAUUUUUGUAAACUGUUAGACUUCCUUCCAUCUGUUAUCUAAUCUUGCCAAGACAGAGUAUUAGAAGUCAAUUGCAGGAUUCAAAAGGGUCCCUUCUGAAUGCAUACAAAAAUGAUAAUAUGAGUGACUUGUUAAAAUGGAAUAGGUUAUUAAUCAGGCUAUGUAUCCACUUGCCACAGUUCAUUAUGCUGAUUCAAAUUACUGGUGUUUUCGUUUAUGUAUCAAUGCUCAAUUGCACUGGUGAAAUCCUAUAAAUCCAAUAAAGUUUCUGGAGUUUUUCUUAAUGUACUUGGCUUAGAGGAAGAGAUGAGAUUGUGAUGACUUGGAUGCGGUCGUUGAGAUUAUAUGAAUAUCUAACGUCUCUUACUUCAGUGUCACCCUUGUCUUAGAAGUCAAAAUGGGCAGCACAAGACUGGAAAAAUUCACAGUUAUUAAGUUUUUGGCAUUUCAGCAUAUAUGGUAUUACAGACGUACAGUAUCAGUAAACCAUGUAUUGUACAAUAUUACAUACUGCAUAUGUUAUGUUUUACGGCAUGUAUGAAUACUCAUACUCAGUUUUUGUUAUCGUGCAAAGUCAAUGUGAUUGUGCCAAUCACAAGCCAUGUCACAUUCUCAGGAUCUAAUAGCAGUAUGAGCUAGAUCUCACCAUUUCUAGGGAGCUUUCUUGUGAUUUUUUUUUAUCUAACUUGAUGUGUCUUCACAUUUGGUGUGGUCUAAAUUAGAAGCAGAGUUAGCAUUUACUACAAGAGGGGCAAAAGAUAGGAAAAAUUAUUCACUUUUAAAACCUUUUUUCUGCUUUUGGUAUGUUUGCCUUGGUAUUAGGGGCAAUAGUAAAUUUUGUUGGCAUGAUAACCAAUCUUUCUUAAGAAGACGGCAUUGCAUUUGAUUAUUAGUUGUAGAUCUUUUAGUACAAAUGAAUAUAGGAUGCUUUUAACUUUUGGAUGAGUUGUAUCCACACAAGCAAUUACCAUCAUUCAUGUCUUGCACUAUGUGGAAUGACUAGGUCAACUUGCCCAAAUGUUUCAAUUUAUGCUGAUGAAUACUUCCAUCAAUAAGAAAUUAAAGUGAAUAAAAUAAAGAGAAAGGGAUUGUAUGUUGAUGCUUCAGUUAUUGCUAAAAAGAUUUGAUCAAAGGAGAUGAUAUAAGGGAAGAAAAUUUAUCAUUGACUUGGGCAACAUUGUAUUGAAUAAUAUGGAUGCAUUUUUCUAUCAUGCUGUCCUCAAAAAAUGAGGAAAGAAGAAGGAAGAUUGCUUUCUUCCUCAUAGCACAUCUUAUUUUAGCUCUGAGUUUAUGAUGGAUGACAAGUGCUCUAAGAUACUUGCACUGAUAUUGGUGGUGACUCUCAUCUCCUUGAUUACUGUAUCUGCUCUGUAUCUUGGACCUACCUGGCAAUUCUUUUGUGUAUUUGGGGUUUGUCUUACAGUUAAUUUUGCUAUCUUUAUAUGGCUUAUCAGACGCCGGUCCAAGGGAGCUGCUCUUAUUUUGCCUCAGAAGCAUGUGAUGUCCCGGGAACUUUCCGUCCCCUGCAGCUUUCUCAGAAAAGUGGCAGGUGUUCCUACAAAGUUCCGUCAAAAAGAGCUUGAGCUGGCUACGGAUAACUUCAAUGCACUGAUUGGCCGAGGGGCAUCUGGGAGUGUUUUUAAAGGAAUCCUAGGAGAUGGUACUUGUGUUGCUGUGAAGCGGAUAGAAAGUCAGGAACGUGGGGAGAAGGAAUUUCUAUCAGAAGUUGCAGCGAUUGGAAGUGUACAGCACAUUAACUUGGUAAGAUUGUAUGGUUAUUGCAUUGUUCCCGGGGGACCGCGGUUUCUUGUUUAUGAAUUCAUUCAAAAUGGAUCCUUGGAUGGUUGGAUAUUCCCUAGAAGGGACAAAAGAAAUCGACCAGCAGGUUGUCUUCCUUGGCAUUUGAGGUAUGGUGUUGCCAUUGAUGUGGCUAAGGCUCUCUCUUACUUGCACCAUGAUUGCCGGUCAAGAAUCUUGCACCUUGAUGUAAAGCCCGAGAAUAUACUGCUCGAUGACAAUUAUCGAGCAGUUGUGUCAGAUUUUGGGCUGGCAAAGUUAAUGGGAAGAGGUGAAAGCAGUAUAUUUACUAAUAUACGGGGGACUAAGGGGUACUUGGCACCCGAGUGGCUUUUAGAAAAUGGCAUUUCUGCAAAAUCCGAUGUUUAUAGCUAUGGAAUGGUGCUUCUUGAGAUGAUUGGAGGGAGGAGAAGUGUGCGCGUUCUUGACGAUAGCAAAGAUAGGUCUGUUAGGAAAUACGAGUAUUUUCCAAAAACCGUGGUGGAAAAAGCAAAAGAAGGGAAAUUUAUGUCAUUGGUUGAUCAAAGACUAUUGGAAGGAAGGCAUAUCGAUGAGAGACAGGUAAGGACAUUGGUGUAUACCGCGUUAUGGUGCAUUCAAGAGAAGGUCAGGCGUAGGCCUACCAUGGCUCAGGUGGUUGAUAUGCUUGAAGGAAAUAUGCGAGUGGACGAGCCCCCGGAAACUGAAAUGAUCAUUGUUGAUCUGUUAUCCAUUGACAAAGAUAAAGUUGCCCCUGGCAUGUGCAGGCUAAAGGCUACUGGAGUAGUACUAUCAGAUUGCAAUACAGCUGCUAGCACAUCAACAUUUGAGCCUGGUACGCUUGUGUCAGGCCGAUAAUUCAUGUGCCUGGUGCAGAAACUUGACUCCUAUGCAGCUUUAAAAGGUGAUGUUGUGGAGAUGGUAAUGCAUUUGUCACGAUGGCGUUACUUUGCUCGAUCUAGCCCUAAGAAAUCCGGGGUGAAUCUCAAAUUUUCGUCCCAUGGAGCCUUUUUUCUUUUUACUUGUUCCUUUGAUACAUCAAUCACAAUAUUGCUUACUGAGUUGGUUGAUACACGUUCAAUGUUUUGUGUUUUGCUCUGUAAAAUUAGAUUAUUACUUUUUUUUUUUUUUUUUUUUUUUUUUUUUUUUUUAGUAGUGGUGUAAGUCGUGCAAUACUGGAUGAAAAGUUUGAAGUAACCUGAUGUAAUGAUUAAUUAGAUCUCUAAGAGAAUUGCUUUUUGGCAAAAUCUGUAAUUAGUCAUAACUUAAAUUUCA